AUGAAUGAAUUUCUGUUGGAAUGUGCGAUUUUUCUCGACGACGACGAUAACGCUGAGGUUCCGUUUCUUAACGAGAUGCGUCAAAAGUCUCCAAUUUUGAUUCGAAAAUGGAUAGUGGUUCUGAUCACCGUCUCCCUCGUGCGACAAUACGACUUAGCCACACGAUGGAAAAGAACAUCUGCUAUCGGGAACGAAAGAGAAAAGAAGUCGUCUACGACGAUUACGCACUCGAGGACUCCUUAUCUCAAGGUGACUGGCACAUGUGAGGACCCAAAUGUGGACUACGAAAUGCUGCUCAGAGGAUUACGAACUUGUGCUGAUCGUGUUUCGAAGUCACGCACGACAAACUUGGACCGAAUUUCGAAGACCACCAAGAAAUUGUUGGAAAGAAAAAGGUCUUUGAGUUUCGAUCCGAUUGCAUCGCACACUGAGCGGUUAGUAGCAAACACCAGCUGUAGAAAUGCGUUGCAUGAAGAUCUUCCGAAAUACAGGCAGAAAAUGAUUCUGGAAGCAACACAAAGAAGAACGAGUUUAAAGAAGUGCCGCAGCGAUCUCUGCGAAUAUAAUGUUCCGCUAGCAGCCUUGAUGAGCAAAGACGAGACUCGCACGUCUUCUCGUCGUGAGAUGGAAAUCAUUACGGAGAGGUUCUACUCGAACCUUUUCCGUUCAUCAACUCUUGUGUCAAACCCGAUCAUCUGCACUGGUGAAGCUCCACCACGGAUUCUUCCUUCGGAAGUACGAGUUGCUACCAAAAACAGGAAAUCUGGUACGGCUCCCGGGCCUGUUUUUAUAUCAGUAGACUCCUACCUUCAGAAAGAAAGGAUCACAAAGUGGUGGAAGACCUCGCGAACCGUUCUUAUCCAUAAGAAAGGUGACCGAGAGGACCUUCGGAACUACCGUCCGAUAUGCUUGCUGAGCGUGUUAUACAAAGUAUUCACAAAGAUCAUCCUCACGCGCAUAUCUAGGACGCUGGAUGAAGCGCAGCCUCAAGAACAAGCUGGAUUCCGUCAGGGGUUCAGUUGCAUAGACCACAUCCAGACCGUGUCGAGGGUCUGGAUUGCAGAGUUCAUGAUGGACGCCUACUGCGAGGACGAAGGAGUACAACUUGAAGGCUCCCAAAUCGUGGAAACUUCGUCAUACGUAUACCUCGAACGUUCUAUGAACAUGGAAAACGAGUUGAAGGAAGAACUGAAUAGAAAAAUGAGAGCAGCAAGUUCAGCAUUCGUUCCGUCAGGGAAACUACGGAGCAACUGA